CACCAACUUGAUGAAGAGCACGCACUCUUCGUUGCACAACCACCCAACAUCUUCAAUUUCUCCUAUAAAGAAGCAUUCUAUAUUUUUCUGGGAUUCUCAAUUACUUAUGAGUAAUAUACAGUAAAAGCAAGUCGGAAAAGUGAUCAUGGGAAUCAAUCAAAUGGUUAGCCCAAAAGCACAAGCGAUUAUGUUGCUAUUAAUGGUGAUAUCAUUGGCAAUAUCAGCAGUAUCUGCUGCAACGUCUGAGUGCUCAGCUGUGACAGGACUAGCCUCAUCUUGCUCUACUUUCAUGACUUAUGGUUCUCCAGACCCAUUUCCUGGAUCGCCAUGUUGCGAUGCCAUGAUGAGCCUGAACGUGAUUGCUGACUCUACGGAUAAUCGAAGAUUGAUUUGUAGGUGCAUGAUGGGCCUCAUUACCACCUACAAUCCCAAUGCCACAGCUAUUGCCACCUUGUCUGGCUCUUGCGGAGUCUCUCUGGGCUUCACAAUCGAUCCAAAUACCGAUUGCAGCUUCGUACCUUGAUUUGUGGUUAUAAAAAAUGAAGUGGGAUCGAAGAAUAUGCUGAAGACACCAAAUAAGGAAUGCUGUCUUCAGCUGCAUAGAAAGAAAGAAGAGAGGAAGGAUUAUUCAUUUUCUCGUCUGUUAGUGAUUGAAAUAAUAAGUGAUGCUUGUAGCCUUAUGUAAUGUACCAGCUGCUAGGACAUGCUUGUAUAAAUGGCGAAUUUGAUGAUAUGGUCAUGAUCUUAUGUAACCCUUCUGCUUUAUAGAUUGAAAUAUUAUAUUUACGCAA